CGGUCAGCCGCCAUUUUAAGCGAUCACGUGACCAGCUACUAGUGCGUUGUGGUUUUACUGAAUUAUACAGAUAGUUUGUAAAUAGUACACUGUACAUACUGUACAAAUCAUGAGUUCGAGCAAUCGAACCACCUCUAAGGGUGGGAAAGGGUCGAAGACCGACAAUAAAUCACACAAAUCAGACAAAUCCGAUACAGGCAAGGGUUCAGACAAACAGCAAGCUAACAGAGACAGUACACAUUCAAAAUCAGAAGAUCCGUCUAUUAAAGAAAAAGUCCGGCAACUUAUUGAAAUGUCCCAGCGAUCUGAAGAAGAGGUCUGUUUAGCUCUCCAUGAAUGCGAUUUCGAUGUAAACAUGGCCAUGAACAUGCUCCUUGAAAAUACGGGUCACGGCGAAUGGGAGACCAGGGUCAAAAAGAAAAAGAACCGACAGGCAUCGGCCAGCAAACAGGAUAAAACAGAAGAAAUCGCAGCCGGGGACGAGUGGAACGACUCUCAGCCGAGUGGCGGCACCGGCGGCGGCCCAGGCAACGCCAACGACAAGGAUAAGCCGCGUAACAAAGGCGGCCCGCCACGUCUGCACGGCCGCCACAACGACAGUCGGGGCUGGCGAGGCCGAGAGAAACAGGAGAACGAACGCAACCUCGAAGAAGGCGGCGGUCGUUCGGACUUCCAUCGAGACCGACGGGGGCGACCGGGAGGGUCGACCCGCGGUCCCGGCGGGGGCCGCGGAAGGGGCGGCGGACGAGCCGGAGGGAGGUAUCCGCCUAGGGGAAGUCGGAACAACACGUACAAUAAGCCGAUCGACACCUGGGACAACUCCAACACGUGGGACAACAACACGGUUGCUGCGACGACGAACCACACAGAAAAUUGGGAUGAUUUCCCCGGCACUGACGAAUGGACGACAGAAGAAUACACGGGCAGUUUGGCGGAUACCAAGGUGUUCACGCCUAGUGUGGCACCAGCGAUGGACGUAAUUAACGAACCUUCGGUGGUCGGGUUAUCGAUGGACAACGCCGUGAUAAACACUGGCCAACAACUUGGACAAACUCUACAGAUGUCCUCUCAGGCCACUCAGUUGCCUUCACCGAGUCCCGUCCAAAUAGGAGGAACUCUAAACGCCGCACAGACUCAGUACCUUAACCAACUUACCCAACAAAACAGUGAUAACAUUAAACAGUACGGAACAGCUCAGACUUACCACGCUCAAAAUUCAAAUCAAGUUUAUAAUUCUGGAAAUACGCCCGGUUCGCAGUCUUACACAAACAACCAACAGUAUGGAACGUCUCCCAACGCCUAUGUCAAUAGUUCUUAUCCGGCAGCGAACAACAACUAUCAGAGUACGAGCGAACAGCAACCUGCUCAGCAGCCAGUACGGACUAAAACGCAACGAGCGAGGGUGCCGCCGCCGUCCAAGAUUCCUGCGAGCGCAGUGGAAAUGCCUGGAGAUCUAAACAGUACCAUCGGCUACUUGGAUGUCCAGUUUGGUGCGAUGGACUUCAUGUCGGACAGCAAUUCCUUCGACGCUGUCAACGACAACAAGUAUGGUUCCACGAACGCAUCAAAUUUGGACAGCACGACUGUCACAUCGACUGGUAACAUGGAUCUCAAUGCCGCAAAUCAAAAUUCCACUCUAGAUGCGUAUUCACCAAAAUCUAAUACCCAAAGCAGUAUUAGCUCGGCGUUAACGCAGAGCCUUACAAAUACGGAUAGCAUUCCACAAACAAGCGAACACUUAACCAACGCUUACAAUUCGGCGCCGAGGAGUUCGACCGGCAGUACGGCAACGCCAUCUGUGACGCCGUCAGGACUUGAUAUCGGGAAGCAGGGAGACAACCACUCGUACUCGCAACCAUCAACGUAUAAUUCCUACCAACAGAAGACUAACACAUACAACACUACGACGUAUAGUGGGACGCAGACUUCCAAUUCAUACGUUUCCAACCAAGCCAACAGCAAUUAUGCGAACAGUCAGGCGGCCCCCUACAACACUCCGUAUCAGAAUGCGUACUCAUCGGCGGCGUCAUAUCAGUCUAAUGCAAAUGCUGGUGCUUUCCCGUCGAUAAGUCAAGCGAACUCAUACCCCUCGAAUAACCAGUCGUACCAACAAAAUUCUGCUCAGUCAGUGUAUGGUGCUAACGCAGGUUUGAACAACAGUUCAAAUUUGGGCAACACAACGACGAGUCAGUACAACAGUUACAGUUCGGCGAGUAAUCACAAACUCGGGAAAGACAGCGGCUAUGACAACAGUUCGAACACAGUUAGUAAUACGCAAACAACGACGUCGAGUAAUGUUACGUCAACGACCGCUCUUUCAUUGUCUCAAACGACGGUUUCGGUUACGAAAUCGACGACAACGUUAGCCGCGAAGAAUUCCAGUAGUGUUGUUUCAAAUAUACCUCCAGGUGUAGCACCCGUGAUGAGCACUCCCUACAUUAUGGGCCAAGUUCCGUAUUUCCAACCGCCGCAGGUCUAUUCAUACGAGGAAAUGCAACUACUACAGCAAAGGCUGCCACAUAUGACGACUCCCUACUAUGACAUGAGUUACCAGACUCCGACGACGUUGGCCGCUGUAAGAGAUGGCACUUUGGGCAACGUAGGUUAUUCGAUCUCAGACGGAAGGUUUACGAGGGGUGACAACAACGCUUCGCCUGUACCUUCGACGCUGUCGCAACAGACUAGCACCUUGACGCAAGGACAUCAGGCUGGACCUAUACUUGCCGGUACUGGUCCGCCGUAUUUCUUCACUGCGUUGAAUACUUUCCCUAAUUAUCAGUUUGGCACGAUGUAUACGCAACUGCCUGCUGCGACGAAUGCUCACGGCUCGAGCAACAGCACUCAGUAUCCGAAACCAGCGACGUACGGUUCGGGUUACGGCAGUUACGAUACGCUAAGUCAAACGCAAGAUUACAACAAAACUGGUUACGUUGGCAACAACCAGGGGCAGAAAGGGGGCGGAGUUAACGCGACGUCGACGGGUUCCAGUGGAAACGACUUAUCUGCUAUGUAUGGCAAAUCACAUGCAGCUCUAGGAAAAGUUAAUUCGUAUGACAAACAAGGUUUUCAUUCCGGUACGCCACCACCCUUUGCUGGUACAUUGCAUGCUGGUCAGAACGCAGGGCUGGCCCCUAGCGGAACGGGUUAUGGACCACAGGUUUAUAUUCCAACAAUGACGCCACAUCAGCAGCAACUUUCAACUCAGUUGAUGCAUCAGCCGCUUCAUCAGAUGGAUGUCAGGCACCAAGGCCGACGCGUGGAUUCUGGAAAUAACAGUGGAAAUCGCUCGCAGACAUCCAACCCGGCCAAAGGGGGCACAAAACAGCCAUACCCAACCUCAUACUGGAACCAAGCCUAAGACGAUUCGGAUUCGGCCGCUCAUUGCUUUGCCCCGCCCGAUUGAUAACGAAACAAGAGUUUCCAAUUGAUAGUUAUUAAUGAAUUAGCUUUUAAUUGUAUUUUAUAGAGCGUAUCAACGUCAUAAAUUAUUCUCCUUAUGUAUUUAUUUCUGUCUCCAGUUUAUUGGGGACGUUUACUUUAUGACUUUUUAUGUGAAAUAAAUGACUUGUGCGAUAUUUUUUUACAUUUGUUAAUUAGUACACAUCCACAGCUUCUUGUUUUUGUUUUCGUGUUAGUGUUUGCAUAGGGUGCAAUUUACGUGCAAUUUUGUAAUGGAAUCGACUGUGGAUGCAUUUCAGUUCUUUUCUUGUUCUGGCCAGUGGAUGUCGCAAAACGCUUAUGUACUUUAAAUCUAAUGUUUACUAUUACCUUAAUCUCAAGUGUGUAUUAUAUAUGAUUUUUUUUUUAAGAUGAAUUAGUUUUGAUUUUUUUUUAAUAACUAUUAUAUUUAUACUUAUUAGUAAGACCUGUUUUUGUUGAGGCGAGUUGGUGAGCAGUGAAGCUGUAAGAAUUUUGAAGUCAAUUUAAAGUUUCUCGGUUUUUUAUAAAUGGACAAGGAUUUCAUACAGUUAAAAUGUAAAUACAGCUUUAGAGUUACAAAGGAAUUUUCGUACUGAAUCACAUGCUCUGUACCUAGUUCUGCCUGUGCAUUGUGCAGUAGAUUAGACAAUUCUGAUAGAUUAAUUGACGUAUGAUGCGCAGUCGUUUCGACUGACCGCUUGGGUCUCUCCCAUCUUCUGAAAAACUCGUAAGACGGUACGUUAAGGAUCGCAGAGUUUACGCAGGGGAAUAGUGAGACGCCUAAGUUUUAACCUACAAUGUUUAGGUAGAUUUAUUAACUAAAUUAUCUUGUGUAUCUAUAUGCUACUUGUAUAAAAUAAUCACUUAUAAUUAUGUAGACACUGUAUAUGUGUAGUUUUGUUUUUGUAUUUGCUAAUUAAUUACGAUAUGGAAAAUACACAUGGAUAAACCUUGA